AUGUCUUCGUCAAGCGGUGAAAUGGACACUAACUACAUAAAGCUAGCUCAGUUGAUCGAAAAAUUAUCUUACGACGACCACUACAACGAGAUCAAGAUGAUAUUGGAUAGUGGCUACAACGUGAAUUAUGCAGUAACAUGUGAUAGUCAAGUCAUUAGGUAUCGUCGUGAGUGGCUGGGACACACGGCAUUACACUUUUGCGCUCAAAACAUCUUAAACAAAAAUACAGAAGUCCUCGAAAGAGUCUGUCACUUACUGUUGAGUCGUGGUGCUGAUUUCACCAUCAAAAAUCACCAUGGCUCCACUGCGCUACACUUAGCUUAUGAUAAUUGGAAAAUAAGUACAGGACAUGGAAUUGACUAUUCAUUGAAUAAAAAUCAUCAAAUCAAUCAAUUGUUGUCUGCUCAUGAAAGAUUUGGCAAUCCAGUUAAUCCUCACUGUAAAAAUGGGAUCUCUCACCUUCAUUUAGCAUGUAUGUUUAACAAUUGGGAAGUUGUCAAGUUUUUCUUGGAUUUUGGGGUUCCUGUGGACCAAGCUAUCGGUACCAACUCGAACAAGUUUUCUGGAUACACGUGUUUGCACUUUGCAAUGCAAAGUGGAGACCAAAACAUGGCUCUACUGCUUUUAGACCAUGGUGCCGAUGUAACGUGCUUGAAUGCCGCGAAAAAGAGUCCCCUGCAUCUAAUCAUUGAGAAACAAAUCAAAGAUACCUCGUUUCCGGAAUCAAAUGAGCUCAACGAAGAAAUUUUCGAUAAUGAAGAAAUAUUGGAUCUACUGAGAACGCCUGAAGCAGAUGAUCUGAAUCCAAGAGAUUGUUAUGGUUUGUCAUCAUUUCAUGUGUACUGCACAAGAAACAUGAGUUUUCAGUUCGAAGAGUGGGAUAGAUUCCUUGAUAGUGGAGUCGAUGUCAAUGCAUCUCUGAAUUUCGAUUCGCCAUUUUUUCCAGGAUACACACCACUACAUUUCGCAGCUCGCUGUAAUUUCAAAACAUUUGUGCUGCUUUUGGAAAGUGGUGCAAAUCUCCUGGCAAAGGAUGCAAAUAAUGUGACUCCGCUUGACUUGUGUCUCAAAAUGUACAGGCCAGUAGACAUAAGUAAUAUCUUGAAAACUCAAAAUUCCCUUAAUUCCAUUAAACUUAAUAGCGGUGCUCUGUUGGUUGACGUUAUUUGUGAGUUUCAAACGUCUGAAAAAUUACACAGUUAUUUAAAAAGCCACGAUGUUAAUUCCCGUAUUCCACUUGAUUCACCCUUAUGGGCUAACUUUACACUAUUACACUUAGCUGUCAUUCUUUCUCGAGAUGAUACGUCCAGUAUUAUAGUGUGUCAAAGGCAUGGAGGUGAUUUGUCGAUCCAAGAUGCAAAUGAAAUGACGAUACUUCACUUAGCUUUCCACUUGAAAAAGAAAAAAAGUGUCCAAGAAAUUCUCUAUGGAUGUGCUAACAUCCUUACUAAUCCUAUUGACAACCAAGGCCUGAGUCAUUUACAUAUAGCUUGUGUACAUACAAAUAAGAAACUAGUUACUCAUUUAUUAAACAAUGGGGCAGAUCCCAAUAUCCCAAUACAGAAAAAUCUUCCACUGGUCUACGGCUUUUUCAACAAAAGAGUCUCUUUGGAAAUUGGAUCCACGCCUCUUCACAUCGCAAUUGCUGUUGAAUCUGAUAAGUUAGUUCAGUUACUUUUACAGCACGGUGCUGAUCCUCACCUAACUGAUAUCAAUGGAAUGACUUGGAUGCACCUGGCGUUCGUCAACUGGCGUUUUUACCAAUUUAAACCAUCACUCUGGCUCUCUCCAAAGAUUUUUAAAGCCAACCCUGUCGCUCCAAAUGGACUGUCUCACUUCCACAUAGCUUGUCAGGAUGGUAAUUUAGCAGCAGUCGAAGCCCUCCUGCCACUCGUCACAAAUAUUAACGAACCCAUCAGCAAAAAACCAAAAAAGUAUGAUACAGUUGAACUUGUAUAUGGAAGCUGUACUCCAUUGCAUUUAGCAGUUAAAGCUAAAUCAUUAAAAAUAGUCGAUUUGCUUUUAAAAAAUGGGGCCGAUGUAAGGGCAAAAGACGCCUUUGGUAUGAACUCACUUCACAAAGCGUUACACUGCAAUUCCGGGGAAGAGAUAAUUAAGCGUCUCGAUUUGGAAUUGGUGGACAAAGAACAGUGGCGUGACGACGACUCGGGACUGACACGUCUACAUGUCGCUUGUUUCUUGAGGGAUUUGUCAACCAUUGAAACAUUGCUGGUUGCUGGGGAGGACGUUAACAGUCGGAUAAAGGAAGAU